CUACUCCGUAGGAAUGGAGUAGUCCCGUGAUAUUCUUAUCGGGCGGAUAGAAAUGCUUGAUGCUGACUGCAAGUGCUGAUGUUGCUACUGCUGCUGCUGCUAAUGCUGAUGCCUCGCGACCGUCCCCAUUCUCCAUCCUCGCAGUCAUCCUCGCAGUCAUCCACCAAGUCAACCUUAAUCACCGCCAUCCGAGACGGUGUCAACCUAACAGCCGGGUUUAAAAUCAACCCGCUGCAGAAAGGCAAACUGCCAGUCCUCUGGCAGUCAUUGGCCCCCAGGUCCCAGGCUGAGACGACCCGUGGAUUGGCUGGUAAGCAAGCCUAUCAACGAUGUCUCAGGAACCGCUAAGGUAUGGCGACGGGGUUGCAGGCUACUGCCCCCUUGGGUAGCACCUGCGUUGAUGGACGGCCUCGUCCGUACCGACCGACCGUAAUCGCUGGACCCCAACGGUCCACCGCAUCUGGCCUCUCCCGACGGGAGGCGCGGCCAGCACCAGCCUGUCGGUAUUGGCGGGGGUUUAGGGGUCGCAGAGAUCGAGGGCGGUGGCGCUCUAUCAGCAUCGCUUUGCUGCCUCUUAUCGUCCAGCCAUAUCGUCCGUACACAUGCCCGGUCAUGUCAGGCCCUGCUAUGCUAUGCUAUGCUAUGCCAUGCCAUGCCAUACUUUACUGCAUCCCCCCGGCAAUCUUGCAAGGGGUCUCGUUUUCAUUACGAAAACGAUCGUUCGGGGGCAAACAGCUCAAGGAAGGAUCAAAGCUACUCCUGUACUCCGUGCAACCUACGCGGACAGGGGUCGAUGGGCCAACAGUACGGCAUAGCCAAUGUGAUCUAUGCAGCGUCGAUCGAGCACAUCGUUAUGACCAGUCCAUUCACCUGCCUGCUCUCCUGAGUCCAGUGCCGUGGAGACUGCAAGAUAGUCAGCAGAGCUAAUUACAGACUAAAGUUCUAGGUCGUCUACCUAGCCGUUUAGGAGUCGCUACUGGCUAGGAGACUGGUUAGGGUGCAUUGGCCCCGAAAGGGUCUGCUCGGACGUUAUCCGUCUGGAAGUGACCGUGUACU